GAAAGACUUGUAGCUGAGAUCAGCCAAGCACUUGCAGUAGUAGCUUUUAUUGUUUUGGCUUUAUAGCUAACCAGUUCUUUAUUGGCUGUGGAGCCCUUAUUUUGGCAACAAAGUCUGAUGAUUUGAAAAGGCACCCAAUUCAUUUUCUUGAGUGGGAAAAAAAGAAUACAGUGCCAGUUGAAAUACUUUUGCUGUGUGAAACCUCUGUGUUGAAAAUUCAGGUUGUAAAAGCCUCACAAGUGGUAUGAGCUUCAUUUACAAUGAACCAGACCAGCAGGUCGAUUCAGAAGAAUUUGAUUUUUCUGCACUUUUUGAUAACAGCCAUGAUGAAGACUUUGCCACGAGAGAGGCAGAAAAUGUUCCUGCUUCUCACAAAGGCAUUGUUCAUCCUUCUGGAAUUGGUUAUCCAACCAUUGAUGUCUCCCACUAUGGAUCUCAGUCAUGUAGCUCAAUGGCAUCUGCAGUAUUAAGUGGAGAACAUAUGAGUGAAUACAGUCAAGCAGAAAACAGAGAUUUCAAAUGCUACCUAGAAGCUGUAAAACCCCCUGUUUCGUCUGGAGUAGAAAGUCCAAGAAUUGAGAUCACACCAUCCCCUGGACUGUUCCAUGUAACUCCACAUGCAGCCAGUUGUGGAGAGCAAACAUAUCAUUCUCCCACUGUGAUUCCCAGAGUUACUUUACCUGUGCCAGGCUCAGAAAGUAUUGUAUAUAGAGACCCACUCAGUCCUGCCAGUAGUGGUUCAUCCACAAGUUGGCAUUCCUUUGUGUCUCACGAGUCAAGCUGUUCCCAUUAUGGCAUGUCCCCUCAGACAUCUCCAUUAACAUCCCCAUGUGUCUCACCAAAGAAUGGCUCAGAAGAAUAUCAAGGCCAGGGUGCUCACCAUUCUCCACGAACAUCACCUGUCAACUCACCAUCAACUCACAUUGAAAACUGGCAGGGUGCAAGGUCACCGUCCCCAACUCCCCGAACUUCUUCAAGGUCAUCAUCACCUUGUGGGAAGAGGAGGUACUCCUGCGACCGCUCUAGAACGCCUUCUCCUCAAGCUUCACCAAGAGUUAUUGCAAUUGAAGAAUCCAAUGUACACCAAUUUUCAAAUUCUGCUAGUCUGGCCGACGCCAUGAGUACUCUCACCACCGAUUCCAACCAUGACUUAGGCGAAGUACUUCCAAUAAAGGCUCGGAUCAUGGAUCUUACUCCACCAUCCUCCCUUAAAACUGACAUGUGUAAAGAUGAAAAACUUGCUAGCUUUGCCACACUGAAUUUUGCCGAGCUUUCAGGGCAGUGUCAGGAUGUGAAGAAAGACAUCUACAGUAUUGAUCCAUUUUUCCUGAUGCCCCCUCAUCCAUUACAUCGGACAAAACCCAAACCUCCCUGCAGCAUCCCUUCUCUUCCUCCUUUGGAGUGGCAGCUGCUGAGUUCAUCAGACCCAUAUGAAUUGAAGAUUGAGAUACAGCCCAAGCCUCACCAUCGGGCACACUAUGAAACAGAAGGCAGCCGGGGCGCAGUUAAAGCUCCUAAUGGAGGUCAUCCAGUAGUCCAGCUCCAUGGCUACAUGGAAAAUAAGCCUUUAAGCCUGCACAUAUUUAUUGGAACCGCAGAUGAGCGGCUACUAAGACCACAUGCCUUCUAUCAAGUCCACCGCAUCACUGGCAAGACAGUCUCAACCACCAGCUAUGAGAAAAUCUGUGGAAAUACAAAGGUUUUAGAAAUUCCACUUCUUCCAGAGAACAACAUGAAAGCAGUGAUUGACUGUGCUGGGAUACUGAAGCUGCGAAAUGCUGACAUCGAGCUGAGGAAAGGGGAGACGGACAUUGGCAGGAAGAACACCAGAGUGAGGCUUGUAUUUCGAGUACACAUUCCUCAAGUCAGUGGCAGGACAGUGUCACUACAGGUUGCUUCAAAUCCCAUUGAAUGCUCUCAGAGAUCUGCACAUGAAUUGCCAAUGGUGGAAAAACAGAGCACGGACAAUUGUUUCGUUACAGGUGGACAACGGAUGAUUCUCACUGGUCAAAACUUUACGACUGAGUCAAAGGUCCUUUUUACAGAGAAGACUCAUGAUGGACAGCAGAUAUGGGAGGUUGAGGCAACAGUGGAUAAAGAUAAAAGCCAACCUAACAUUCUUUUUGUUGAAAUUCCACGCUAUCGGAACCAACAUAUCCGCACACCAGCUAAAGUGAACUUCUGUGUUGUUAAUGGAAAAAGGAAAAGGAGCCAACCACAGAGAUUUACGUAUCUCCCUGCAGUGCCUAUAAUUAAAACAGAGCCAACAGAUGAGUGUGAAGACACCAUAUUCUGCAGCACUGUACAUCAUAGAACCAUGUCUCAGUUUUAUUCUACACAACAAGUCAUGACCCCUGUAAUGGUCACUAAUCCCACUUCCUGCCUUGCAGGAAGCUUGGCUUCCUGUCGUACUGGAUUUUCUUCACAUGAUUCAAAGUAUCAGCAGCAGAAUCCAACAGGAGUUGUCUAUCAAAGAUCCAAAGGUGGCAGUCCUAAUCAUCUUGGCUAUCAACCAACUGCAGUGAUGGUGCCAUCCAUUCCCAUAAUUCAAGAUGCUCACAAAUCAGUAUUGGUGCAUGCUGGGUCACCUGUCCAGUCUUCUAUGACACACCACUCUCCAACCAAUCAGUCUUCCACCAUAAUUCAUCAUUCCCACAACAAUCAUGAGUCUUCUUCCAUGAUCCACAAUUCUCCAACAAAUCAUCAAGCGUCUCUGAUCCAACACUCCCCAACCCAUCAGCAGCUAUCUUCUAUGAUUCACCAUUCACCAACCAGCCAACAGUUGAGAUACAGCACCCAGCAGGACUACCAACGCCAGGUGUAUUCAGAGAGUGAUGCACAUGUGCCCAUUGUGCGGUCCACUACACCACAACAUCACGUGCAAAAAAAUAGCCCAAAUCAAUAUGCAGCCGUGAUUCAGCAACAGCAGCAAACAUCCAAUGCAAUCCAGAAGGUCUCAAAAAAUGGUGCUUCACCAUCUCAGCUCCCACUGAUACUGGAUCAACAGGAGAAGGAAACUACAGUUACUGGAGUCACAGUGAAGCAAGAACCGCAGAACCUUGACCAGGCAUAUCUGGAUGAUGAAACUACAUGGGACUUCUUCCAAAGACUGGAACACUUUAAUAAGUUAAUGAAAUUAUAAGGAAAGAUCUUUCUGGACUCACAGCAACAAGCCAGUCAUAGACCCAACAAAUUGACAAUGAAUGUUUCCUAAUACUCUUGGAAAUUCUCUCCACCUCCAGUGACGCCCUGUGUUUACUAAUGGGUCAGUCGAAGGGUUCAUACUCAGCUGCACAGAACAAUAUCCUGGCAAGGAGUUGACUACUCUGACUAAUCAUCAUGGGAACUUCAGCUUAGCAAAUUUUUCUCAUUAUUUCCAUUCAUUCAGAGUCCUUAUUUGGUCCAAAAGCUGUAUUUUUAGUUUACUCUUGUUAACUUUUAGUUGAUUGGAUCACACCCAUUUCCACUCAAAUUUUUUAAAUGGACUGAACGACUGCCCAUCGUUGGAUGUUUUAGCUGUCUAAAGAAAAAUAUUUCUUCCUUGCAACUCCUUUAUUUUCAAGAAAAGGGUCUCAGAAAUGUUUUAUUUUACAACUAUUUUCCUAGAUAGAUCCAAGCACAAUUUGGAAUAAAAAUGAAAUGGUAUGAAUAAGGUGGUUAACUAUAAGAAUGUGGACAUAUGCUAUGUGGAUAUAACUAGGAGAAAGUGAGGACUGCAGAAGCUGGAGAUCAGAGUCGAAAAGUGUGGCGCUGGAAAAGCACGGCAGGUCAGGCAGCAUCCGAGGAGCAGGAGAAUCAACGUUCUGGCAUAAGCUUAUGACAUGCUGUGCUUUGCCAGUACUCCACUCUCGACUAUGCCAUGUUGAUAUCUAACAGCACAGCACCUACAAUGUUCAAGUCUGGCAGGAGACACACAAUUGUUUUGCCAUUCUCACAUUCUGAUCGCCUUUCUCCACUAGCACCCUACACUCACUAUUCCACCACCACCCUCCUGAACUAUACCAUAACUAUUCAUCUCACUUCAGGUCUGAUGAAGAGUCAUGCACACUCAAAAUUUUAGCUUGCUCUCCAUGGAAGCUGCCUGACCCACUGUGAUCUCCAGCAUUUGUUGUUUUCAGUAUGGAUUUCAGAAUCUGCAGUAGUUUGUUCCUAUACUUAUUUAUAUAUUGAUUACAUAUUACAUUGGUGAGGACUCUACCAUGCUGCUUUGACCAAAAAUUAGGAAUGGGAUUAAGCCAUUGACACCUUGGAGACAGUGUGGUCUGCAGAUACUGGAGAUCAGAGUUGAGAGUGUGUUGCUGAAAAAGCACAGCAGGUCAGGCAUCAUCCGAGGAGCAGGAAAAUUGACGUUCCGGGCCGGAGCCCUUCAUCAGGAAUCUUGACACCUUGGGCCUAUUCUGCCAUUCAAUAAGAUCAUGGUUAUCUGUGAUGUAAUUCCAUUCACCUGCCUUUAUUCCUUUUCCUUCAAUAUGUUUAACAACAAUCAAUUAAUCUCAGAUUUAAAAUUAACAACUGAGAGCACUAAUUGGAAGAAUUUUCCAAACUUCUGAAUUAGCCUUCCUGUGUAGAACUGAUUCUGAAUUUAACUUCUGAAAUGUUUGAUUCAAGUCCUUAAACCCUGCUUACCCAGUAUAAGACUUCUCAACCAGUGUAAAUUGUAUCCAUCUUAUCUACCCUAUCCCUCUUGUCUAUCCUACCUUGAAAAACUUAAUACACUAUCCUUCUGAAUUCCAGGGAAUAGAGGCCUACUUUGUAUAAUCGUUCCUCAUUAUUUAAACCUUUGGAGUGCUGGUAUAUUCUAAUAAAUUUGGAAACUUUGUUUCAUGUGCAGUAUACAGAAAAUUAAAGGAGCUAUAACAAGUUGUUGCCUUUGGUUGAGCAGCAAUUGGUGAAUAAUCUUCCAUUAAAAAUAGUGUAUUAUUCUGUAACUUGGAGAGUGGCAAUGAUUCGUAUAGCACAAUUAGCAUCGAUGAACUGUGCUGAAGUUCAUGACUUUCUUUUCUGCCUUAUCGCAGUUUAAUGGUGAUCUUACUAUGGCAUGAAGUCACAAUUACCAAUCUCAAAGGUUACUGUGAGAAAUCUGUUGAAUCUACCACAAAUUAAUAGUUAUGCUGAUCCAUUAAAUAUUUGUUGAUUUAUUUUACCAAUAUCAUUAGUCAUUGCAGGUUUAACUUGUUAAUGCAUAACUCUUUUAUGAAAUAAAUCAUUUUUGGAUACUAAAUAGAUUUCCCAUGAUUGAAAAUGGUAAUUCAACCACACAUAUGUAAAUAAAAAAAAUAUUGCUUUUUCAAGAAAUAUUUCAUGUUAGCUGUUUGUUAUAACAAUUGAAUCUACUUAUUUUUUUAAAUCUGAGAGUGAAGUUAUAAUUUACAUUUUCAAAUGAGUCAGGAUCAUAUCGACUGUGUUUAACAUAUCUGAUGUAUAUGUUAUGUGUUUAUUUUUUAAAGUUAUUGAGUUCAGAGUACAAACUUCUCUAGUGCCCAGGCAACAAUUUCCAAUUUCAUGGUCCGUAUUUUGGAGGCUUUAAUCAUCCUUGUUGAAAGCUGUGAUACAAUCCUUGUACAUAUCCUAUGCAUCACAGCUUAAAUAUUAAUUUAUCAUUUAUUAUUUUAAAAUGUAAUGUAAUUCUUUUCAUCAUACCAAUGACAUGAUUCUUGGCUUUUUCCAAGUGUCACCAAUUCUAGUUGAAUUCUUUUGAAUUAAUCAGUCUAAUGACCCAACUAAUUGAACUACGCAAACUUUGAAAUACUCUAGUCCUUUAAAUGCUGUUGAUUUUCUCAGAAAAUUUAGUGUCACCUGCAACCCUAACCUUAACCCUAAUCCUAUUACUGAUCCUUUGAAAAUAAUUUUACAACUGAUCCUUAUCACUGCUAUCAUUGGUACUAACUGCAGGAUGAUAAAUUAAGUGACAAUCUUAUUUUCUUCCUCAAUUAGAAAAGCUGGCAAAUCUUUUGCCUAAUAUUUAGGAUCUUGGAUUAAUUUUUAAUCACAACUCUGAAAUGUUUCCACUAAUUUAAAUAUUUUUGGUGGCACAUUGGUCUCUGUGAAUUUUUGUUAUCACACAGCAUUGAUGCUAUAGUGACCAUCGUGAUCAUUCCACUGACUAUAAAAACAAAACUGACCUUCCAAAUCUGAUGAAACAGUUCAUUUGUUAUAAAACCCUCCCCUGAACUUAACUGACUGAAAUUAUCCUUGUGUUUCUUGAAUGAUGGGAGAUGACUUAUUUUCAAUAUAAUUCCAGUGAUUGGUAAAGAUAAAAGCAAAGUAGAAUUGAACUUAAAUGUUAUACCGAUUAAUUUGUUACUUCUAACUGCCAUGUUGUUGGACGACAUUUUCAAUCUAAUGGCACUACAAAAUCAUUCUUGUGACAUUGUGAAAUGACAAUAGCACCUGAGCGCCAUAAUCGCUAAUGUUUCACUCUCUUCCAGAGAAAGAAUUGUUCAUUUUAAUUUUGCUAAACUAUAAAAGAUCUUUUUUUAAGCACUUUGGUUUAUCUGUUGGUUCAAUUGUAUUGAAAAGCCCCCAUUACCUAGGACUGGGUUUGUAAAUUGGUGCCUCAUUAGAGAUUAAUCAGCUUUCUUUCUUAAAUAGUCCGUUUUGCUUUAUAGAUAAAUACAUUAAUCUUUAGCCUCAACACUUAAGUGAUAUUAUAUGACUUCAAAAUGUUUUAUUGAUGUGUUGAAUGUAGAAUUGUGAAAGUCCAAAUGUGGCAUUCAUAUGAAUGACUUUAUUUUAGUUUUAUAUUAUGUUUAUAUUAACUUCCUUCAAUUCAAAGUGCAUCUUACAGUAUUUGCAUUCCAUAAUAACUGAUUAUAAAGAACGUCAAUGCUUCAUUAGAUUGCAUUUCAUAUGUUUUGUGCUCAGCUAUGAAUAUUGCCAAUUAAUGUAAAUAGCUUGUAAAGUAGGGAACAGAAUAUGAAGAAGUCUUUAACCAUGCUGGAAUAUUAAUGAUAGGGAUGGCAUUUUCUAAACUUACAUUAUAUGCACAAUAUUUUAUUUUCUUUCUCCUCCAAAAAAGUCACACUUAGUUUAGAUGCAAUCAGAAAAUGAUUUGUUCAUACCACAAAUAUAACUAAAGGAAUCUUCUUUAACAUUAUUUCCUCUUGUCUAUGAAUUAUCAAUGAUGGAGAGAACAAAUCUCCCAGCUUUUGCAUUUGAACAUUGUCAUCCACAAUUGGUUUCCAAUCUCUGAUUUGACGUUAUAAUAAAAAAAACUAAGAAGCAAUAAAUCCUUUCACAAAUCCAAUAAAAUAAUCCUUGUGUCCUAGGUGAUAUAUUGAAAUUUUUAUUACUUAGAAAUACAACAAGAUAUGAUUUUGAUUAGUUUAACACCCAUUCUGAUUAGUCAUUGCUCAGAGAAUACCAUUUUAUAAUCAAUUCUCCUUUUCUAUUGUAUGAAGCACAUUAAAUAAAUGUCAUAAAGCAAAAAAGCAGAUGAAACCAGACAACCCAUUUAUUUGAAAUUACAAUACAGGUACUUAAAGCUAAAUCCUAAGAAAAAGUUAUGUACAUUCAUUUGGUGUAAUGACUGGUAGAUGUUUAAAUAAAUUUACUUGAUUUAAUUUCAUGAUUCCUUGAGUAAGGCCCUGGACAAAUUGUGUAACAGUAUUGCUUUUAUUUGAAUAUUUUAUACUGUUGAAUUUAUUUUUGUUCAAUAUGCAAAUUGCAGCUCAAGUCUUGUUUAUGGACUUAUUUUGUUAUAAAAGUAUAAAUGCAUGUAACAAAAGUUGAUCAUUAGGGUUAAAAUGGAAAUGUUUGGAAGAGUCAGCAUAAUGUAAUUUGUGUACAAAUGAUUGUUUAUUGCAUUAGAGCAUGGUCAGCUUCAACUAUGUUCAUAUUACUAUUGUUUGCAGAGACAGUUCAGUUCUGACAAAGGCAUUCUAAGGGAUGCACAAGAUCCCUCUACCACAGCUUCCCCCUAACCACCAUUCCACCCAUUCCUAAAUAUCAGUAGUUUUGCAACUUUGCAAUAUCUGCAUAUUGAUGAGCAAAGAUAUUUUAUAUUAGUUUAUUUUGGAUUAUAGCCACGUUUGUUCACAAGGAAACAUCAUCUUUCCUCAGCUGUCUGAAUGUUUUGCUGCAAUGCCUUCCUGUCAUUGUACCGAAAAGCUUCAUAGAAGAACCGCUUGCCAAGAUAAGAGCAUGUUUUCCACAGACUUCUGUAAAAUGAAAUAUUGAAUUUCUCAAUCGAGAAAUCUUCUCUUUUGCUAAGCAGCUACUAAGCAAAGCAUGUAUUGAGCCAACAAGCUUCUUAGCAAUGGUCAACUGCAGAAAGCUGACUCAUGAGGGAUCAUGGUCUAUGUGUGAUAGCAGAAAGAAUGUGAUAAAGUGAUGAUUUGCACUGUUAAAUGUAAUGAGGUUAUAAGUGCCAUUGAUUAAGAGCAAUAUAUUCCUUCUGAAUGUAGAACUUCUCUAAUGACAGCACUAUUUUUCUUUGUAAUGUAAAGAUUUCUGCUGCUUACCUUUGUUAUCAAAAAAGUUCUCAGUACCUAUUCUUGUUUCUUAAAAGCAUGUUACUUUUACCUUUGUUUUAAAAAUAUAGAAAUUUUGCAUUAUCUUAUUCUCGCUAGGUCAUGUACCAUUGUUGGUACUAUUUGCCUUGUUUGCCAGCCUCUUCAACCCCUUCGAUAUCAGAUCUUAACAGAAUUUGUACUAACACAUUAUAGUUAAAUAUGCUUUCAAAUGCUAUUGAUAUAUAUGUAAGUAUUUAACAUUUAUUCAAUGUAAAGAAAUAUAUUUACCAUGUUUUCAAAAACCAAGAACUGUCACAGAAGGGGUUAAAAAUAUGACUAAUAUUGACAUUUAUCCUUUAAGCAAUGUAAUGAAUCGUAAACAUUUUUACUCCGAUGCUAAUCAUAAUAAAAUUUUGCAUUGUUCUUGCUUAAAUCUGUGCAAUUUAACAAUAAAAAAGAAAAAAAA